CGUCGCAAGGCAGCGCAGGCGCAGUAAGGAAGGCCGCGCCGACGGGAGCGGCGGCGGCGAUGUCCCGCAAGCAGGCGGCGCGGGCGCGGCCCGGGAAAGCGGAGGUGGAGCGGAAGCGGGACGAGCGGGCGGCCCGGAGAGCGCUGGCCCGCGAGAGGCGCAACCGGGCCCAGGGCGAGGGCGAACACGACGGCGGCGGCCUCAACGAGCAGCUGAGAGCGCUCGGACUGCGCCUGCGCGAAGUGCCGGGCGACGGGAACUGCCUGUUCAGGGCCCUCGGGGACCAGCUGGAGGGCCACUCGCGGAACCACCUCAAGCACCGGCAGGACACUGUGGCCUACAUGAUCCAACAGCGGGCAGACUUUGAGCCCUUCGUGGAGGAUGACGUCCCUUUUGAGAAGCACAUUGCCAAUUUGGCCCAGCCGGGCACAUUUGCCGGCAAUGACGCCAUCGUAGCCUUUGCGAGGAACAACCAAGUGAACAUCGUCAUUCACCAGCAAAAUGCCCCCCUCUGGCAGAUCCACGGGACAGACAAGAGCAACGCCCGAGAGCUGCAUAUCGCAUAUCGCUACGGCGAGCACUAUGACAGCGUCCGAAAGACCAACGAUAACUCGGCGGCUCCCGCUUGGCUGCAGACGGAGAUGCUGUGCCAAAAUGAAUCCCCAAACAAGGGGGCACCCCAGGCGAAGGGGGAGAGGCAGCAGCCGAAAGAAGAAACUCGGCAGGAAAUGGACGACGCUCUCCAGAAAGUCCACAAUGCCACUGGAUGCUCGGACGUUGGUUUAAUUGCCCAAGUCCUGGAGGCAGAAGGUUACAGCAUUGAGUCCGCCAUCUUUGCCCUUUUCCAGAUGAAAGAGUUGGAAAAACUUCACGCAGAGGAAGACCAGGCCAACAGGCCGAACCCGCAGCCCAGGCCAGCCCCGUGGGACAAGAAGGGAAGCCUAGGCAGGACUUUGGGCCGCCAGGAAGUCGAAAACAAUAAUAACCCUCGUGGGAAUCUUGUGGAAAGGAACCGCCUGGGUCAGAAGGCGUCCACCAAACAGAAGAAGGAGCUCCAGCGGUUGGAGAAGAAGAAGCGUCAGGAGGACAGGCACCGGCAGAAAGUCCUGGAGGGCAAGGGUGGCCCCUCGGACAAUAACACGGUUGUCAGGGACCCCCAGGCAGAGGUCACUCUGGUCAAGACAUUUGCGGCCCUCAGCAUCUGACUCAGCCAUGCUGGAUGGCGUUCGCCUCUUCCAGAAAGGGACAAGCCCCAAGACACACAAACGCAUCCCCGAUUGGGGCAGGAUGAUCAGGGGAUUUUUUGCCCAUUGGGGGGGGUGUCCUUCCCCUGCUCAAAUCCCCCUCCUCAUGUUCCUGGCAGGUUCCUUCCUUCCAUCAACAUAGGAAGAAUCGCUGGCCAAAAGUUUUGCUCUCGUUUUUUUUUCUUUUGAUUGCCGUGGGGUUCAGCUUAAGUGGUUUAAGGGGGCUGGUGAGGGCGGAGGGAUCCCUUCCGGUCUCCCUUGGUUCUCUCGGUGAGUGUGGGGAGGGGGGUCUGGCUUCACAAGGGGGGGAGGGUGCUCUCUUGGGAAGGCAGUCUUGGCAUGGCAACGCUGGGCCUUCCAAAAGCCGUUCGGGGGGUAGAAGACAACAUUUUCGGGAGUUUUUCCACCCCAGAAAUAUCUGUUCCUCAGUUGGUUCAGGCAUCAGUUUGGGGGGGGUGCGAAAGGGUUCAGAGAGAGAGGCAGGGGAGGCUUUUACGUGCCCCAAACAUUCCCCCCCCCAAGUGGGCAGCUCUUCUGCAAAGCCACCAGGAUCUCAACUUUCGCCAUUCGGUUCAAUUUAUAAUUUUAUCCAUGUUGAUGAAAUAGCUGUUUUCCCUUUAAAAAAAAGCUCGUUUUUCCUCCAAA